AUGCAGCGAAUUACCUGGCUGGAGAGGAAGGUUAGAAGCCAGAAAGAAGAGAUGGUGCAAAAGGAACACACAAUUUCAUUGUUGAAGGAGCAACUGAAGGCUCACGAAAAGUCAGAAAGUGGCGAUGUUGAAAGCUGCUGCAGCCUUAAGAGAAAGUCCCAACAGCUGCAGCACCAAGUGGAUGAAAUGGUGAGCUUCCUCAAUGACUAUGGUUUGAUUUGGGUGGGGGACAAGAAGCAAGGUGAUGCAGCAGUGCAAACAAGCUCACUUACAGGGGACUCAGGGGCCAGGAAUUUCCACUUGGAUUUUGACUUGGUGCUAAAGAGGAUCAAGGAGCUGAAUAUCCUGGCAGGAGAGGGUGAAUCAUUCAUACAAUCCACACGCAGGGGGGCACAGUUGGCUCGGAAGGAUCCUGUGCAACUGAGGCUCUACAAAAAUGGCAUUGUAAUGUUUGAAGGACCUUUCCGAUCCUACCAGGAGGACAGCACCCAGCAAUGCAUGCAGGAUUUUAUGGAGGGAUAUUUUCCAUCUGAGCUUCAAAGCAGAUAUCCAGAUGGUGUGCCUUUUGAGGUCCAUGACAGACGAGACGAGGAGUUUGUCCCCAGACGCCCAUGGAAGACAUUUCCUGGUAAAGGACAGACUGUAUGCGAGACAAAAGAGGCGUCGUCUUGGGGUAUGAAGGCAUUAAGCACAAACCAGUUCCUGAAAAGGCUGCCCACAUUUGUGGUAAAGGCGGGUCGAGUGAUUGACGUCAGGGACUCGGUGUGCAGAAUCUUACAAGGUUCAUCUAACAUCUGCAACAGCAACUCAGUGAUCCUCGUGGACACACCAGCAGUGCAAGCAAACAAGGACAGGCUGACGACACCCACCUCUGACAGACCUUCUUCUGGCCAUAAAAUCAUCACGCUCAAGGUGAAGUCAGAAGAUGGCAAUUGCACGUACCUCCUAAAAAUGGGCCUUAACGAGACCGUGGGUCACUUACGGCAACACCUGGACUCACAGAGGGGUCAUGACCUGGCUGGCUAUGACAUCAUCAGCGCGUACCCUCAGCAUCACUACGAUGAUGAUUGCCAAACACUUAGGUCUUGUGGGCUCACAACCAAUGUCACUCUUCUUCUGCGAGGAAGGAAAAGGGCAAUUGAUAGAUAA